AUGCACAGAAGCAAAUGCACCUUGGUGGAAUCACUUCCACAAGAAGUUGUAAACAAGGAUCUGUUACAAGCGGUAGAAAAAGUGUACAAACCCCUGCUAGUGCUGAUGAAGUGCUUUGGGUUAUAUUUUGAUGACGAACCUAUAAGCGGCCUGACACAGACACCUCAUUGCUCCAGAAGUAAGGGUUGUAAAUCUCGCUUUUACUGUGGCAUUGGAGUUGCUGGUUUGUGGUUUAAUGUCGCAAUGCCUUUAGUGGGUGUCUUUUACGACUCUGAUGAUCUUUUUCUUCUCUUGGUGUUUGUAUUGUGGUCUCUUUUGGCUGCCCUUAACGGGACAAUCUGUUUGAUUGUGUUGCCUUUGAGGAAAAAAAGGGAAUCUCGCUUUAAAAAUUUUCUCCUAAAGCUCGUCACUAUUCGCACUGGAAGUAUAGACUUUAAAAUAGUGAGAUCUAAAGCGAAGAAUUUUUUGAUAAUGUUUUUGAUCUUCUUUGCAUUUUCUCUAGUCAGUGCGGUGAUACUUUAUAAAAUAGAAAAUAUGAGCUUCGCAAACUAUAAACCGUGGCAGGCAUGGUAUGGAUUUAGAGUAGUAGGGUUACUCAUUCUUAUUUUGGGCUGUGGUUUUUGGUUGCUGCCAGUUAUAUUUUCCUGUAUUUCUUGCUUGGUCAUUGAAACACUUUUCGACGACCUUUAUGCAAAAAUGCCAGCUAUGGAGAUGACAGAAUUAAAGGCAAGACAUCAAAGAUUAUGUGAAGUGGUUGAGCUUGCUGACCGUAUGUUUUCUCAUCUCCUCAUCGUUAUCGUCGGGUUGAGCAUCGCGCUUAUUUGUUUCUAUUUCUACCACAUCGUCAACUUCGUUCAGAUCGGUAGUUACAUUUCUCUCUUUGUAACCAGCUUCUGGAUUCUGUCAACGAUGGUUCUUUUAGCAGUUAUAAUGGUCUUUGGAUCAAGAGUCAACGAAAAGGUAAGCAAUCGAAUUGGCGCAUCAACAAAUAUGAUCAAGAUGUUAGCGGAUUUGUACUGAAUUAAAUAUCUGUCGGGCCCUAGGUAAAUAAUUCUGUAUUCAUUUGUCAGGGGCCAUAUAAAAGUGGAUUUUUUUAACCCUUUGGAAUAAGCUUUACAGUCAGACUUGUAGACAAAUGUUUCAACUAAGCAACGACAUGAAAUACUCAAAGACUGUAACCUGUCUUUUUUUUCUUUUUGGAAACAGAUUCAUUGUGCAGGAAAAAGUUGUCAAGUGCAUUUAUAAUUUAUAAUACUUAGAGUAAGGUAAACCUGAAAGCUGAGUUCUCAUAAGAAGAAAAAAAUUAAGUGGUACCACUAUUAAAGUAAAGGUACUGCAAUUCAUAACUGUUAAAGAUAGAAAACAUGCCAAAUAAUGCAAAACAAAUUUUCAAGCGAUCAACAAUUUAGACCACUAAAAUUACAAUACUGAGGUUUUACUAAAUUUUAUCAGAUAGUUGUGUAUACUUGUUACAGCUUCAUACUCAAGUUGCCCAAGAGAAUUGAAUUAAUGCAUGUAAACACGCACGCACGUGCAAAUUUCGCAUUACCUUUCGGGUUUCCUAGUGAUCGAUUUGUAAAUAAAAGAAUAUAUAAAUUUGCAAAAUACAAAGGAUUUUUAAUUACAUUUUUUUGAAAACCUUUAUUAUGGAGACACCUGCUUGUCGCUUCGGAAGGGUAAGAAACAAACAAAAUAUAAAGUAAUUAUUUAGAACAUUUUUGAUUUUUUAUUGUAAUUAUUUUUUUACCUAGGACGUCAAAAAACUGCGCCACUGUUUUUUUAGUAACUCUACCAAAACGCGGUCAUUUCUUUUUUUUGUUGUUCUUUAAAACCCAUUCCACCCGCCCUUUUUUAUACAAAGAAAUUUUUUGUUUACCCUUUUCAGAAAUGAAAUUAUAUGUUUUAUAAAGGCUGGUUGUCAUUCAAAAGACUCAUUGGCUGCGUCCAGUUCACAGUUUAUGUUUGUAAGUCAAUCUUUCCGUCUCAAAGGGAUUCUACACAAAUUGUAAAUUAGGCCGAUUUUUGUGUUAAGAAUAAUUAUGUUUCCUUUGCAAAGUAGGACGACAAACCGGGCGUGUAAACUACCAUUUAGAUCUUACAUCAUAAUAUCUGAUACUCAGUAACCUUCAGUAUCAGUUGUACUUUUUGUUUCUUCUGAGAAAAAGACCAAGGAAGUUGAACAUUUCUCUCUAUGAAUAACCAAUUUGUUGUCUACAAAUACUGCCCUUUGCGUGUUGCGUAUUUUUAAUGCGGCUUAUUCUGCCCUAGACUUAGACCCUGUUUACAUGGAGUGGGGGACCCCGGUGUAGUAAGGUAGGUUUCUUUUGUUUUGUGUCCCCCAGAGCGUGAAAACAAAAGAAACCAACCCCACUACACCGGGGUCCCCCACACCGUGUAAACAGGCCCUUAAUAAACUACAGCAAGGUUACGAGUCUGUCUAUGAAAAAAUCGACAAAACUUAUACGUUAUUUCUUUUCGGCGAGAAUGAAAAAUGAACACAGGCGCAUAUCACAUGUAUANUGUAAGUCAAUCUUUCCGUCUCAAAGGGAUUCUACACAAAUUGUAAAUUAGGCCGAUUUUUGUGUUAAGAAUAAUUAUGUUUCCUUUGCAAAGUAGGACGACAAACCGGGCGUGUAAACUACCAUUUAGAUCUUACAUCAUAAUAUCUGAUACUCAGUAACCUUCAGUAUCAGUUGUACUUUUUGUUUCUUCUGAGAAAAAGACCAAGGAAGUUGAACAUUUCUCUCUAUGAAUAACCAAUUUGUUGUCUACAAAUACUGCCCUUUGCGUGUUGCGUAUUUUUAAUGCGGCUUAUUCUGCCCUAGACUUAGACCCUGUUUACAUGGAGUGGGGGACCCCGGUGUAGUAAGGUAGGUUUCUUUUGUUUUGUGUCCCCCAGAGCGUGAAAACAAAAGAAACCAACCCCACUACACCGGGGUCCCCCACACCGUGUAAACAGGCCCUUAAUAAACUACAGCAAGGUUACGAGUCUGUCUAUGAAAAAAUCGACAAAACUUAUACGUUAUUUCUUUUCGGCGAGAAUGAAAAAUGAACACAGGCGCAUAUCACAUGUAUACACCAUGCUUACCUUACUUUUUACCGGUACCGACUAAAACUGGGUAUUUCUUCAAAACCUUCCUCUUUCCAUUUGCGACCAGAAAAUUAAUUUAAGCUUGUGCCUUCUGUAUAUUAAACAGGAGGCCAUUGAAAACAUCUCUCUGUCUCAAAUCUACUUUUAAUACAGUUCAUGACAUGCAACAAGAUAGAAUCAUCUCUCUUGCUUGAAAUAAUUAAGGAUGACUUUACAACAAAACUAAAACCAGAAAAAAACUGCAGAUAAUAAUUACUCAGACUCAUUUUGGAUGCAGCCUCUUAAAGCGAGUGAGCAUGUUUAACUUUCGCUUUCAUUGGAUCCAUUCCUCAACCCCAAAACCAAAGAAAACAAACCAGCUUCGAAUACUACUACUACUACUACUACUACUACUACUACUACUGCUACUGCUACUGCUACUGCUACUGCUACUGCUACUGCUACUGCUACUGCUACUGCUACUGCUACUGCUACUGCUACUGCUACUGCUACUGCUACUGCUACUGCUACUGCUACUGCUACUACUACUACUACUACUACUAAUAAUAAUAAUAAUAAUCUUGAAAGCAGCUGUAUUUCAUUUUGUCGUGCGGCAUGGACUAAUUAAAAAUUUGAAAUGUUAAAAUAUUUUUCCUAUAGUCCGCCAUAACAGCCUGCAUGAACUAUUAAACGCAGACAUCGCGGAUGCGACACUUUGCUCGACGAAAAACCAAAUAAACAAUUACGUUUUGACAAACAGAAAGAAAGAAACUUGGCAGCAGUUGUAUGUCAAACUGUGGUGGCAGUAAAAGAACACGAUAAUAUUAAAAGUCAACUGAAAAGAAAAAUAGGCUUCAGUUGUCCGCAAGACGGUCUGUCGGCAAACAACAGACUUGUCGGGGUGGGGGGGGGGGACUAGUUAUUUCCGGACUGUGACCAAAAGCGUGACCGAGCAAAAAGCAAGGCAAAGCCUCAUAAAGGUAAACAAGUUUUUGAACUCUACAAUAAAAAUGCAUCGCAGAUUUCCCGCCAAGAAAAUGUAGCAUACUCCUCUCCCGGACGAGCUAACUUCUGACUGAGUGUACGGACCGGCGUAAGCUGACGUCACAACCAGAAUUUCUCGGAUAAACAGAUUAUUAUUUUUUUUUUUCUUCGCAAUGGGGCUCCGCUUCGCGCACGCGUUAAGCUCUGCUAUUAAUUGACUAUUAACUUGUUCACUUCUCUGGCCUUUACACCUAAAAUCUUAACCAUUGAAAACCAAAAAAAAAAACAAGCAGAAAGAACAACAAAAUGGCAACAAAAAAUAAUAAUAAAACCUUUACCCACACGCUUAAUUUUCGGUCUGUUGUCAUAAAGCCUCUAGUCCUCUGCUCGUUGGCUAUUUUAAAAUCACGCUAACUGGCUAAUGGUCCCAGGAAUCUUAGUUUCAACCACAAAACGAAAAGUCCAUCCAAUUCAAAUUGUAAAGUAAAUGAGGUACUAUCUAUAAGAUCUCUUUGAUUGCUUCCAAUUAUCCAGGUGCAAGGUGUUGAACAGAUUUUGAAGAAAUACCCUGUUUCAACGGAAGAGCCAGGAAAGGUAACGUUCUGUCCUGCCUAAUCUUCCAAGAAUGCUAAAAGAAUUAGUGUUUAAUACAGGCAAUAAAAAAAAAACAGUAAAUAAAAAAAAGGAAACAAGGACAAACAAAACCAAAAUACAUAAAACAAGCGAAGACUUGGAAAAAUGCCAUGUGUAGAUAAUACCACAAAUAAAUUUUAGGGAGUAUAUAAAUACGAUGUAAGGAAUUAUACAGAUCUCUGAGGCUCUUGGCUUCAGUCGAUACGUUUUGUGUGUUUGUAUUUUAUUAUUUACCACACAUAACACGAUGACAAUUACAAAAAAUGCAAAAAAUGUAGGAACAAAUGGCAAGGAUACUUAACGGAAACUUUUUAAUUACAUUUUUUCAAAGAUGGCAUAAAAAUUACGGCGACGGAUACAAAAAGUAUUAUUAGAUGGAAAAUUAAAAUAACAACCAAUAUCAAAGAAGUUUACAAAUGUUACAAAUUAAAGAGCUUUUUCCUAAGAUGCUAUCAUCAUUUCAUUUCAUUUCGUCUGUUCAGUUUUAUAUCAGAAAUUCAGCCUUCGGAGGGGUGGGGGGGGGGGUAUUCACUGGCGAAUAAACUGCUAGGCUACUGCGUUGGAAAACGACGCUGCUGGGGCAAUAAUAAUAUAUUUUAUUAUAUUAGGUUUUUAAUAACUAAUUUGAGAAAUAAAUAAUACUAAAGAAAAAACAUGAAAUUAAAAUGAUUAAAAGGCAGAUAUUAGGUUCAGUUGUCAACAAUGUUCAUUUCUCUUAAAAUUUUACAACUGUUGGAAUCUAUUUAUUUAUUUAUUUAUUUAUCACUUAUUUUUGUUUUAAUCUUUAGCAUCCUUUUAUACGCAGAUCAUAAAUUACCUCAAUUUAUACGGGUUUUAAGUUAAAUAGAAUACAUUCUCUGUUUCUGGAAUUAAUUCAGUUAAAAAGCAAAUUAGACAAAGAUCUGGAAUUUCCUCGUUCAAACUGAACUUGCUUCAUCUACUACGUUUAAUUUGCCUCCUUUUUAGAUAAUGUUUAUGCUGUUACUAUUGAAUCUUCAAGGACAACAAAAAGGACUUUCACUCGGCGGAGUCACUGUUAUCAAUAAAUCCCUUUCAUUAACGGUAAAUAUGAUUACAUUGGCUUUCUAUUCAUAUAAUUAUGAUAAUGUUUUGAAAACGAUAUCGAGGUUUGAUACUUUAACCAACUCGGUGUAGGCGCCGUUACACACAACAUAGUAAAUGACAAUUUCCAUCAUAAAUAAAGCCACGCUAAAUUUAACUCAGACCCUCUUUACACGGGUCAGGACACACUAUAUAGAGCUUCCAGUUUAAACCUUAAAAUAAUUUGAUCAAAAAGGGUUAUCUUUUUCAGGACUUUAUUCGUUGCCGCAUAUUUAUAAGACGAACUCACGGUUCGAGGUUGCCUGCUAUAGUGAGAAGUGAUUCCAUUUGCUUUUCUUGAAAUGAAUGGAUGAAAAUUGAUCACUCUUUUUGAUAUAAAAAUCAUGUCUAGUGACACAAAUCAUCAGAUCGUUUUUUUUUUUUGUUUUUUCUUUAAUUUCCGUGUGGAAUAAAAUCUUUAAUUGAUCGAAAUUAGACGUAGAGCUCGCAAUAAACCCAUUUAUACUCUUUCAGGCUUGGUCCAUGCCGGAGAACGUUUAAGAAAUUUAUGAACUAUCGAUCACGCGGCAACCGACUGAACCGAAUGACCGUACGAUUCUCUCCCUGCUCGUAAAGUGUCUUUUCAUCGGUCGGGGAAAACAUUAACACAACAUUGCUCAUCAUUAUUUCCAUUGUUUUAGGUUACGGUAGCAAACCAUUUGGCUUUUAGGGUUAGAAGAGCUGCUACAUGACAUCUCUCCUCGGAAUGACGACAAACAAUAUGGCCGCCAAAUAUAUCCUUUUAGUUUUUAAAAUUCCCCUUUAUUAACAAACGUUAAACAUUUUGACAAACAAACAGUUAAGUUGAAAAAGGAUUUUACAAAAGACUCAAGAGUAGGUCUCCUUUUCUACUUUAACUUGCAAUAUCGGUGAAUUUACGCAACUUUUAAACUUCUGGCUCAGUUUUCGUUUGGUUCUGCUUUGAAAAUGAAAUAAAAAUUACCCAGAGACAAUACAGUGUAAAGAAUUGUUCAGAAAAACAGCAAAAACUUGCCAAUUUAUGACAAAAAAAAGUACUUUAAAAACGAACUAAAACAUUCAAAAUGCUUUGAUCACGUGACUGAUGACGCCAUGUCCCUUUUUUGGUCAUGAGAAAAAAAGUUAUCACGUAGAACAUUACUUUCCUGUAAAUUUUCUCUGCCGACUCUCGGCCCUGGGCCUAGUCUCCCGAUUUUUUCGCUCAUGUUCAUUACCCCCCUUAAAUUUUAAAUACCGGACGUCAAAUGGUUAUUUUUAAAUGCCCCACACAANAUCCUUUUAGUUUUUAAAAUUCCCCUUUAUUAACAAACGUUAAACAUUUUGACAAACAAACAGUUAAGUUGAAAAAGGAUUUUACAAAAGACUCAAGAGUAGGUCUCCUUUUCUACUUUAACUUGCAAUAUCGGUGAAUUUACGCAACUUUUAAACUCCUGGCUCAGUUUUCGUUUGGGUUCUGCUUUGAAAAUGAAAUAAAAAUUACCCAGAGACAAUACAGUGUAAAGAAUUGUUCAGAAAAACAGCAAAAACUUGCCAAUUUAUGACAAAAAAAAGUACUUUAAAAACGAACUAAAACAUUCAAAAUGCUUUGAUCACGUGACUGAUGACGCCAUGUCCCUUUUUUGGUCAUGAGAAAAAAAGUUAUCACGUAGAACAUUACUUUCCUGUAAAUUUUCUCUGCCGACUCUCGGCCCUGGGCCUAGUCUCCCGAUUUUUUCGCUCAUGUUCAUUACCCCCCUUAAAUUUUAAAUACCGGACGUCAAAUGGUUAUUUUUAAAUGCCCCACACAACUAAAACCUCAAAUAUGCUUUUUGCUUUCAACUCGUUAAUGAAAUCUUGUCACAGCAACAAAAACACCUAAUCCGGAAAUAUACUGAUGGUGUUAUUACCUUAGGAGAUAUUUUAUGGCAAACGUUAUCUUGUUAUGGUCUGACAGUCUUCUACGUAUAAAAUUGUCAAAGUUAAAAAGCUUUUUAAAAAAUUGCCUCAAAGGAUUCUGGGAGAUUUUUUAUGAUAACUACUAUUAUUUCAUCUUUUUUUUUUUGUUUUGUUUUUGUUUUGUUUUUUUUUUCAGGUCGCUGGGCUCAUUGUUUCCUACCUAGCGGUGAUCAUGUCAAUGCCAAAAUAAAACCCACAAAUAUGAAAUCACUGGAACAGUAACAACCCAACAGGAGUCAAGCACGAUACUAGACAUUCUUGAAUGAUUUCCUCGCUAUAUUUUGUUUAACACGGCAAAGGAUAUACACCUAACUGCAAUAAAUUUGUCAUAAAAAAAAUAAUAAUGAUAAUAAAAUACUAAAAGGAAAGAAAAGCCGGAAACAAAAAAGAAAGAAAAAUCAAAUUGAAAUUACCUGGCAAAUAACAUAAAAUGAUAUGUACGCCUUUCUUUUCUUUUAUGUCCCCUUUUUUAAUUAUUAUUCUUUUAUUUUAUUCUAUAUUAUAUUAUAUUAUAUCAUAUUAUAUUACAUUAUAUUACUUUAUUUUAUCUAUGACAAUGUUAUUGCAGUAAAAUGCAUGUAUCUAUCAAUUAAAAUAAGAUACCAAAAAAAGAUAAUCACACACACACAUACUCGUGAAAUCGAAGGAUAUUCUUGUGAAAUUUUAUGCUUUGACAUGACGUCUAAGGAGUUGAAGACUUAAGUGAUACAGUUCGUUACUUGCACGUCGACAUUUACCUUAAAAUUACCUCAGUAAUCGCCAAUCAAAUAUUAUGCAACGAUUCCCUUGAUUUAUAAGGUUUUAUGUAAACUAAAUGAGUGCAUUUAAUUAAGUAGAAAUGGCAGGAUCAAGGUGGUUUACUGUUCUAGCCCGCUCUUUUGUUGAUGUCAUUGCUAUUGUAAAACUUUCUAGAUGCGUUAAAAAACUCCAUAAUUUAUCAUUGGACAAGUUACUAUUUAUUGUAAGUCUGCUACCAAAUGUGCAGACAAUAUCCGGUAGUCAUCAUUUCUAACAAAAUUGUGCAAUCACAACGCAAUGACGUAAUGCUAGGUCAUUAUGAAGAUAUUUAAAUUCAUUUAUUAAUCGAACCAAAUGGUCCUUAGAAUAAAAGAAGGAACUGGAACUAUAAAUUUCCUUAAAAGAAGCAUGUGAAAUGAACUCUAACUUUUACUCGGUCACUUGAAAUUCGAACGUGGCUUAAGUUAGUGGCGGAGCUCCGCGCACGCAAGCGGAGCCCCGUAGCCAAAAAUGUAAAACACAAAAUGGUUGUCUAUAAGUCCCAAAAAAUUUGGUAGUCACGUGACCGUAUGCCCCUGCAUCCGCCCGUACACUCUUUGGGGGUAGUUCUAAGUAGACUCUGCAAGGGUGACGGGGAAUCCAAGACAUGCAGCUUCCGUUUGUCUUAGCGAAAGAUUAUCAAGGUGGUGGAAAUUCACCUAGAGGCAGCCAAUGGAGUUUUUCUAGCGUAGAUCUUGAAUUCCGUUUGUUUAACUUAACUAAAAAAACUUUGAAAUAUAUAUUUUUAGGAUGUGCUUUAACCUUGCUCACGUUUUUGGUCACCGUUAUGCUAGCUGUGAAAAUUAAAAUAUUAUUAAAUAUUAAAAUACCGUAUUUUUUAAGGCUAUAAGGUAAACUUAAAUUAAUUAUAGGGUAUUUCUUGAUUUCUAUGACAACUAUAUAUGCUGUGUUGAUAAAGAGAAAAACAUAAAUAUAUAAAUAAACAGAGAAAGCCAGAGCGAUUUUAAUUAAAAUUCACUUUUGAUACCUCUAUUCACAGCAAGUAUAAGGAAAUGAAGAUUUCAAUGUAAUGAAUUCCUUUUGUGAACCCUGGGGAGGAUUUAAAUUAUUGAGCUGUUAAAAAACUUUUAACAUAUUUUUUUCUCGUUUAAUUGGUCAUCACCAAGUCUUAGACUGAAAUCGAAGUAACUUUUAUAAAUACAAAAGGGAAAUCUGCCAAUCUUCUUCAAGCUGGAGUCGUUGAAAUGACCGAUAGGUGAAUAAUAACGUAAAGAACCAUCAAAUGAAUUAAAAACAGGGACAAAAUUAAUUAAAAAUUAAAAUCCGUUGGCUUCCGUCCUGCAAAGCAUAAAGAAAACACGAUUCAAUUAUUUUUACUCGGAUCUGCUGAGGCUUUUCUCAAGCGAAAUCAUGUCAUUUCCAGUAGAACCUGAUCGACAUCAACAAUCCAAUCCCGGAAAUUUUCUCGCGCCAAAUCCAGGACCUAACCCCGAUAUAAGCCCUGCAAUAUUGUUUGAGUCAUUUCAAAAUGAAGAAGUCAACCAGGGACUGCUACAAGCGGUAGAAGCAACAUACAGACCGCUCCUAAAGUUGAUGAAGGUCUUUGGGUUAUAUUUUGAGGAUGUGUCUUUAAGACGUGUAGGACAAAACUCUUCCCCCCAAUCUACAAGUUUCAAACACAAGGGUUACAUCUCAAGAAUUUACUGUGGCUUUGUCGUUACUGGUUUGUGGUUUCAUGUUUUUGUUCCUUUGGUGAGUGUCUUUCUUGAACCUAGACCCUAUCUCUUCCUGCUGUUCGUAAUAUGGCAUCUUUUAGCUGCCCUCGUAGUUACGAUCUGCUUGAUUGUACUUCCUUUAAGGCGAACGAGCAACUCUCGUUUUCAAAUCUUUCUCUCUAAAGUCAUUAAAAUCAAGACAAACACUGUAAACCUUAAAAAGGCAAAAGCCAAAGGACGGAAUCACUUGAUUCUAUUUUCUUGCUUUUUUGUAUGUUCUAUUGCUGGUACGAUUGUAAUGGAUAAAGUUGUGGAUAUUAACAUGGCAAGCUAUAAACCAUGGUAUGCAUGGUAUGGGUUUAGGAUAACGGCGGUGGCCUUUAUCAUCAUUGGCUGUGGUAUUUGGGUGCUGCCACUUAUUUUUUUCUGCCUCUCAUGCUUAAUCAUGGAAGCUCUUUUCGAUGACCUUUACACACAAAUGCCGGUCAUGGAAUUUACAGAGCUGAAGAAAAGGCUUAAGGAGCUUUGCGAGGUAGUUGAGCUGGCUGACCGCAUGUUUUCGCCCCUUUUUAUCGUAACCGUUGGUCUGUAUAUCACAAUCAUGUGUUUCAAUUUCUACCACAUUGUCAAUUUACCUCAGGGAAAUCCCUUUGUGUUUCUUUCUGUUACCUUGUUCUGGGUCUUGGUUACAGCUGCACUUUUGGCAAUAAUUAUGGUGCUCGGAUCAACAAUCAACGAAAAGGUACGCAAAGAACUGAUGAUGGCUUAUACAUGUACGAGUGAUGUAGUCUCUUUCAUAAUAAAAAAAAUAAUAAUAAAUUGAGGUUGUUCACUCCAUUGAGGUUCAACGGCCUCUAAGUAGAUAUUAAAUUUAAAGACAUAAUGGAGAUAAUGUAACAGUAAGUGAUAUUUCUAUGGCUAUGGUCAGUUUUGAUAGGCGUACGUAUUACACGUGAAAAGUCCUUAUUUCCUCUCGUUUGUUUUAAAAACAUAAAGUCGGAGAUAUUCAUUUAUAUUUUGCGUGGUUUUGUAAUAAAACAAUUAUUACAAUCGCCCUUGUUUGAUACGAUGUUUAUUAUCAACCAUCUCGGUGCAUCUAUCAUCUCGUAUCGAAUGUGUGCUCGAGGAAUAACUGUUAAUUAUUCAUGACUGACUUUGGGUGGACAGCGGCACAACAGAUGAACUGAUUUGCCCUUCUUUUGAUAGUUUUCUUAUUACCAACGUAGCUAUGUAAGUUAAACUCGAAAUUUAAUUCAGGAAAAUAAAUUCAGCUAAAGGUCGGAGUGGGUCUGAAACUUGGAAAUGAUGGAUUGUGUUUCCAUGACUUGACUUACCAGUUACGCUUUUUCUGUUAUCCUAAACUUAUUGGUCUUUUACACAGGUAGAAGGUAUUCAACAGGUUCUGCAAACAUUGCCUGUUUCAAGCGAGGAGCCAGGAAAGGUAAAGAUGUAU